AUGUCGUUUAAAGACUCUCUUCUAUUUAUGCCUCUCAAGCUGGGCGAGGUAGAGCUUGGCCACCGCGUUGUAUUAUCUGCUCUUACACGACUGCGCGCCGACAAAAAUCAUGUUGCUACAGACCUGAUGAAGGAGUACUACCUCCAGCGCACUUCUAUGCCUGGCGGUCUUAGCAUCGCUGAGUCUGCUUCCAUUGCUAAGCAUCAUGGCGGCAUGUCAUACACUUCAGCUAUCUGGGGCGAAGAGCACGUACAAGGCUGGAAACCUAUCGUCGACGCAGUUCACAAAAAGGGCGGCUUUAUGUAUCUUCAGCUUAUGGCAUUCGGAAGAGCAGCUCAGCUUUCAGCUGCUGAAGAAGACGGAUUUACGAUCAAAGCUCCUAGUGCCAUUCCAUGCGAGGGAGGUGCAAUGCCAGAAGAAAUGACCAUUGGUGAGAUAAAAAGCACGGUCCAGGACUAUGUUCAAGCUGCCAAAAAUGCUAUGCGGGCCGGAUUCGAUGGCGUUGAAAUCUACGCUGCUAAUGGUUACCUACUUGACCAGUUCAUCCAGGACGUAAGCAACCAGCGGACCGACGAUUAUGGGGGCAGCAUCGAGAAUAGGAAUCGCCUUGUUGUAGAGAUCGUCCAGGCCGUCUCUGAUGCUAUUGGCGCGGAACGUGUGGGAAUCAAACUAAGUCCAUGGUCUGAUUUUCAGGGCAUGCGGAUGGAAACCCCCAUCCCACAGUUCACCGAUCUCAUUAAACGGAUCAAUGUCGUUGGAAUUGGCUACCUAAAUCUCAUUGAAUCCCGGGUUUCGGGAAUCGAUUACACUGAUGGCACAGAGAAGCUUGACUGGGCGUGGGCACUCUGGGACAAAGCCAUCAUCGCAACAGGAGGCUAUCUUCCUGAGACGGCGUUAGAACUGGUCAAGAAGCACCCUAACACGGACAUUGUUGUUGCAUUCGGGAGACGAUAUGUUUCGAACCCUGAUCUGCCAUUCCGUAUCCAGAGAGGUCUUGAGCUAAACCCGUAUGAUCGCAGUUCAUUUUACAAAGUGGGAGCUCCUGAGGGACUUAUUGACUACCCAUUCAGCAAGGAAUAUUUAACGUUACAAAAUUGA